AUGUCCUACGUCUUCCCAAAGGUUUACCUUCUACUUCUCUCCCUGUGGAUUCAUAGCCUGGUGGUGCGGGCCCUAUCUUGCCAGGUAGGGUUUGAACGUAUCUCAGAAUGGUAUGCAAAUUGUAAGGUCAAAGGUGAAAUAUGGCCUCAAAUAAUAACUUGGCGAUGUCCAUCUUCAGAAUGCAUUCUGAAUGGUCGUAGGUGGGUUCCAAUGAAGAAUUGUCAAUUGGUCAGAUCAAAUGACAAAGGUGUUAGCAAUCAACAGGGUGUCAAAUAUGAAUGGAAUCCUGACAAAAAAAUUUUGGUCAUUUGUCAUAACUCUGGAGGAAAAUCUUAUAAAUGCCCGUACUAUCCUUCAAAUGUGCCCGCCAUGUUUUGCCCCGAUGAUGGUUUAUGCACCGAGCCGGAUUGGCAAGGAGGACCUUAG